AUGCGGUUAGAAGAUUGGCUGGAUGAUUUGUGUGUCCGUUUCAUUAUCAACCUUCCGCGUGAGGAGCUUGAGUCGGUCGAACGGAUAUGUUUCCAAGUCGAAGAGGCGCAAUGGUUCUACGAAGACUUCAUUCGUCCGCUUGACCCUGCGCUGCCGUCAAUGAACUUGAAGACAUUUGCCAUGCGCAUUUUCCAGCAUUGCCCACUUAUGUCGUCAUGGUCUCAUUAUCACCAUUUGGCUGCCUUUCAGGAGUUCCUCGAUUACAAGACACGCGUGCCGGUCCGUGGUGCGAUCAUGUUGAACCAAGACAUGGACGAGGUCGUUUUGGUUAAAGGUUGGAAGAAAGGUGCCAACUGGAGUUUUCCGCGUGGUAAAAUCAACAAGGGCGAGAAGGAUCUUGAUUGUGCUAUUCGUGAGGUCUACGAAGAGACUGGGUUCGAUAUUCGGGACGCGAACUUGGUUAAGAACGAAGAUGAUGUCAAAUACAUCGAGAUCACGAUGCGAGAGCAACAUAUGCGACUUUAUGUCUUCCGAGGAUUGCCCCGUGAUGCUUACUUCGAGCCGCGCACCCGAAAGGAAAUCAGCAAGAUUGAGUGGUACAAGCUGUCAGAGCUUCCAACGUUAAAGAAGAACAAACAGCAUGAUGAAGGACUUGCAGUUGCAAAUGCGAACAAAUUCUACAUGGUUGCUCCGUUCCUCAGCCCACUGAAAAAGUGGAUAGCGCAACAAAAGAAGCUUGAUGCGAAAGCCCAGCCUGGCAUAGCCCAGGCUUCACAGGCUGAGGGAUAUCUUUCUAUGGAUGAAAAUGGCCAUGCCAAUGGCACCCCAGGGAUGCCUCUCGCUGAAAUGGCGAUUCCAAGUGAUCUCCCUGAGGUGACCUCCGUGCAAGAUGCUUCAGACCACCUCAAACGCCUUUUGAAGAUCGGCGCCGCACCGGGUCAAGUUCAUACAACAGGCCUCGAGCCAGCUCGUACUUCUGCAGCUGACCCGUCUAAGGCGAGCGGGCUUCUUGCCCUGUUGCAACGUGGGCGUCAAGAGGCAUCCCCUCAGGGUUCUCUCGAAAAUCCCAUGGUGCCACCUAACGUAUCUCAGUCCAACGUCGAAUCUGCGGAACAACGGCCUCAAUUGGGUCCUAAUUUCUUCCCCGGCUUUCCUCAGCAGCAACAGAAUAUGGGUCCGUCUCCUUUCAUGCGGCAGAACUCGACACCAUUCCAUACUGUCCCAUCUCAACCUCAUAUCCAGCACUCUCAGAAUGGCCCACAGGUUCUUCCGGGCACUGCAUUCCCGACUACUACGCCUAAUUGGUAUCCUAAACCGCACGCGAUACCUCAAUUCCCUCAAACCUCAAGUUUGGCUCAAUAUCAGCAUCAUAAUCAGCCUGCUAUGGCUCAUGAUCUUCUGCCGCCAAGCAAUAUGCCCGCGCCAUUUCAACGGACGGGAGAUCCUGAGUUCUCUGAAUCCGCUCAAUUAUCUCAAAACCGGGGUCCAGUUGUCCCGCCGGCGAGCAAGUUGCCACCACCAAAGCUCACAAGCCAUUCCCUUUCACUCCUGGAGGCCUUCAAGGUUAAGACUCCCAAGGGUCCGGGUCCACCAAGGUUGGCGGCUCCCAUUCAGGGCUCUUCCCAUGUGCCCACAACGUCUCAACACCAGGAUAGUCUGUUGGGUUUGCUCAAAGGUCCUCAAUCUGCCCGUGUUUCUGAGCCAGCAGAAUUAUUAGGCAAGCCUGUGAUGCCCUCUGGGAUGUCUUCGGAAAAGCAGAUUCUUCAGCGUCCUCGCGAUCGCCACAACCAACCCACACACCAGCCUGGUGGAGCGAAGGGGCUUCCGGGGCCAGGCCAGACGUCGGCUACCGUGUCAGGACCAUUGAACACACCACAGUUUGAGUCAUUUGCCAAACCACAUAGGUCAAACAGUGGAACGCACCGAAAGAACCAUAUGAAUAGACGAGAGCAGUCUCAGCCUCAACCCCAACAGCUAUCUUCGCCUAUCACCAUUCUACCGCGUCCUCAUUCUGCCAAACGGGAGGUAUCCUCGUCGAGGCCCGUUGCACAAGCAAUCCAGGUUUUGCCUGCGAAGGCACCCGAAGCGUCUGAGCCUGUCAAGAACUUCCAACCGCAGAUCCUACGUCGAUCCGAAAAAUCCGGAUAUGAAGCAUUGAUGGCCGCGGCUCCUCAAACAGAUGCUGUUGAACGCAAAUUGAGUUUGCCAGGUGUUGACGCCAACACCCCGGGCCUGGCUUCACAGGGCAACUUUGACCGUCGGCCAAGCCAAACUGCUGAGCAGAAAGCUUCGCUUUUGUCUCUCUUUAGCAAGACACCUGUCUCUCCGCCGCCCGUUUUUGCAACCCCGUUCGACGUCCGAGCCGGCAACCAGCAGCCGACAACAUUCUCAGGAUUUGUCAGCCCAAUCUCGUCCCGCCAUCGUCCGAGCAGCGGGGAUAUCUCUCGUCACGGUACACCAUCUGAUGGUGGUGCCCACGCCAAUGCUCAACAGGUCUCCUCUCCUAGCAAUAAAGCAUUCUUGCUUGGGUUCUUAGAAGGAGUGGCUAAGGGCAAUAAGUAG